AUGUCCUAAUUGUCCUCUGGCAAUCCUUCCAACGAAAGAUCAAUUCCUUAAGAAAGACCGAAAGAUAUGUAUUCUAAUUAGGGAUUGAUACCCUAAUCAAUCGUUGAAAAAAAGAUACAGCAGCAAAAAAGGAACUUCCAAGAGAAACUAAUCUAAGUAGCAAUUAACAUUCCUCAAGGGAAUGAGGAUAAUAUAACUUAAACUCAUCUUGAAAUUAACAGUUAAAUAUCUCCAAUCACUCAGCAACACGUGACCAUUGAUUUCUAAAACCAUGACUUAGAAUCAAAGCCAAACGCCGUUUUCAGACAAAAGUCUUAAGAUGAUCCUUUUUCAGUCCCAGAGCUAAUAGAGAAUGAAAAAACAGCAGUAGCAAAUCAUUCUAUUGAAUGUAAAUAAGAAAAAAAUUCAUUCCAUAGCCUACCCAAGUUAAAUAUAUUAAUGAACGAUAGCUAAGGUCCUAAGAUUGUAUUGAGUAAAUUUGCCAUCAGAAAAAACGAAUACAGUAUAACAAACAGUAUCUAACAAAAUGGAAAUAGUAAUCCUAAUAAGAGCAACAAUACAAAUUCUAAAGACGAAUAAAUAUACUCAGCUAGCUAGGGAUGGAUGCAUAGCUAAUUCAACCCAUAUCUAGACAAUAAUUUAAAAAAAGAAAUGUAUGUUAUUCAAAAAAUGGUAGAAUUUUAAUUUGAUCCUGUGAUAGCUAAGCAAUUGAUAGAAUAAAUUGAUAUGGAAAAAUAUUCUCGUGAAGAACUUAUUUAAAUGGUUUGUGAAACUAUGCUUAAUCACUGUGAAGAAUAGAGAGUAGGAAAGAGAGUUAUUGACAAAAUAAACCAAAGCAAAUUCGUGCAUAAAAUUGUUUCUUCAAAGACUAUUUCUUAAGUAAACUAAUCUGAUAAAUCACCAGUUGCUCCUUAAUAAACUGUUUAAUAACAGAAUUUAAAGCCAUAGCCAAAAGGAAAUACAUCUAUUUUGCACUCGUUUAACAAUAAAAAUUAAAAUAUUCCUAGCAACAAUAAUAUACUUUAGAAGGAUGGGAGAGAAAGAUAAUAAAACAUCAAGCAAGGCAAAAAAACUGUUUAGACAAGCUAUAUCUUUAAUAUGCCAAUUACUCAUAGCCAAAAGUAUAUCAAAAUUGAAAACAAUGUCCAGGACAAAGAUGAAGGCAAGCUUUACACUUGCUAAAUCUGCUGUUAAGAGUUUUUAGGCUCUGAAUUUUAUAGGCUGACUAUAUGUAGUCAUAAUUUCUGUAUGCAAUGUAUAUAAGCAUAUAUUAUUAACAAAAUUAAUUGCUCAGAAGUUUUAAAUAUUGUUUGUCCUUAAGUCUCCUGUGGAGCUAAAAUACAAGAUCUGUAGAUUUAAAAAGUAAUUUCACCUGACCUUUUCGAGAAAUAUAUGAGAUUUAAGAAAAUAAUGGUACUCAACUAAGAUCCUAACAUACGUUGGUGUCCUACAGUCGAUUGCGAUACUUACAUAAGAGGAGACAAAGACAAAAUUUGCUUACAAUGUCCUAAAUGUAAUGAAAAAAUGUGCUACCUUUGUAAUAGUAAAUGGCAUGAAGGAUCUUGUGAAGAUGCGAUGAACUAAAGUUUAAUCCGAAUGAAAGAAAAAUUAUAAAUUAAACAAUGUCCAAAAUGCAAAGGAAGGAUACAAAAAUUUGAUGGCUGCAACCAUAUGAAAUGUUGGGUAUGCUCCUAUGAGUUCUGCUGGCUUUGUAAAAAACAGUAUUCGAAAUGGCAUUAUAGGUCUUGGAACAUUGUAGGAUGUCCAGAUUAAAUGUUUUCUGAUGAAGCGCUUGAAGGAUGUGACAAAACCUGUCUAUUUUUAAGUUCAAUUUUGAGAUUAAUUUUCUUGGCGGUUUUAGUGCUUUUAGGUGGUUCAACUGCACUUGUACUUUAUGUCAUUACAAUGUUUGGUAUGGCUUUGAUCCUGCCAAUUCUGAUCGCUUGCAAUUAUUUUAAAUCAACUAUAGAUUAACUAUCAGAUACGUCCAAAUGCUUUAUUUGGUUAGUUCUUUUUGCUUUAGGUGUCUUUUUAUAUCCAUUAUGGCUCUUUCUUUGCUUCAUACCAGGUACUUGCAUAUUUGGACCUGAAAUAUAUAUGUAUAUUCUUUUCCUGAUCUACAACGAAGAUAUGUAUCGUUGA